AUGAAAAACAGACACUCUACUUGCAGCGAUUCAGCACCCGAAAGUGAAACCGAGAUACGGUUAUGCCCUGAGAAGGAUGAGAUAUCGAGCGACGAACAGAAGUUACCACCCGUUGACGGAGGAUUCCAGGCAUGGAUGUUUCUAGGAGCUUGUGUAAUGAUUGAGGCUUUGAUAUGGGGAUUUGCAUUCGCCUUUGGAGUCUUCCAGAAGUACUAUCACGACCAUGAAUUCUUCCAGGGCUCUAAUAUGGUAGCGGUGAUUGGAACAUGUGCUACAGGAAUAUCAUAUUUGAGUUGCCCACUGGUCAUUAUUGGCAUGAUCCUUCUUCCUCAAUGGGGUCGUUGGUUCUCAUCUUUCGGACUGGUUUUAAUGUGCCUGUCUCUUGCUUUGGGUUCCUUUUCUUCCAACGUUACUCACCUCGUCCUCUCCCAAGGAGUUGGCUUUGGAAUCGGCGGUUGUAUAGCCUACAGUCCCUCCAUCUUGUAUAUGGAUGAGUGGUUCGUCCACCGCAGAGGACUCGCAUUCGGUAUCACCUGGGCUGGAUCUGGUGUCUCCGGACUGAUUUUCCCCAUUGGAUUGGAAAAGCUAUUGACUCGAUUCGGAUUCGAAACUACUCUCCGAAUUAUCGCAAUUAUUAUUUUCGUCCUUGCUGCGCCCUUCUUAUACUUCCACAAACCCCGACUACCGGUUAGCAAGACCGUCAACUACCAGCGCUUGAAUUUCCGAUUCCUCACCACCAAGAUCUUCUGCAUCUAUCAGCUGGGUAACAUACUAGAGGCGCUGAGCUUCUUUCUGCCGGGCAUCUAUCUUCCGACCUACGCGCGCAGCAUCGGUGCUACGGAUUUUCUUUCAUCGCUAACCAUCACACUCCUGAAUCUGGCGUCGGUUUUCGGAAGCGUCAUUAUGGGCCAUUUGACAGAUCGAUACCACGCAAUCACCUGCAUUACCAUCUCAACUGUCGGCAGCACUCUAUCUGUGUUUUUCCUCUGGGGUUUCUCGUCAAAUAUGGCGACUUUGUUAGUCUUUUCCGUCGCAUAUGGAUUAUUUGCGGGCUGUUACUCGGCAACUUGGUCCGGAAUAACGCACGAGGUCCGGAAAGUCGAUCCGACUGCCGAUGCGACGAUCAUCUUCUCGAUUAUUGCCUUUGGGCGCGGAAUCGGAAAUGUCGUCAGCGGUCCCUUCAGUGAGGCUUUGCUUGACAUAGACAGCUGGAAGGGUUCCGCUGUUGGGGGCUAUGGUAGUGGCGACUAUCAAAAUGUGGGAGGCUUUGCCGGCAGCAUCCGGGAGGAUGAAAAUGUGUUCUGUCCUGUUCUUGUCACGACGCCAACAUUUCUCACACAUCUAGAGAUAAUAUGGAAUGACUAUGAAACAUAA